AGAGUUUGAACUUUGAAGAGAGAGAGAGAGAGAGAGAGAGAGAGAGAGAGAGAGAGAGAUGGAGGGUGAGAUGUACUAUCCAAGCUACACCUUAGAGAGAGAGAUGAGCAACUUCAUCAAGGUAUGGAUUUCAGUAGUUGUUUGUUUAUGCUACUGCUAUUUUUCAGCCAAGUUUGUCCCCAAAGGUAUGCCCAGGCUUUUCUCAAUCGUCCCUAUUGUCUCUCUCUUUCUCGCCCUUCCUCUCAAACUACACUCCCUCCACCUCGGUGGCACCACUGCUUUCGCCAUAGCCUGGCUUUCCAAUUUCAAACUCCUCCUUCUUGGCUUUGGCAAAGGCCCUCUUUCCGACCCUUCUCUCUCUCUCCCCCACUUCAUUGCCAUUGCUUGUUUCCCUAUCAUCAGGAUCCAGCAGCAAAACCCACCACCAAAUUCACCUUCAAAUCAAGAAAAAUCACUAGAUCAAGAUGAUGGCCACAACAGCCAAACCCCACCUCCAAAUGGCCAUAAUAUUGGAGAAAACCGGCCGUAUAAUCCCAGAAUCACGCAAAAGGCGGGACACACAUCGGUUUGGAAUUACGCUGUAAACGGUGUUCUUGUAGCCUUGUUUUUACGUGUUUACCAGUAUAGUGACCACAUACACCCAAAGGGCAUGUUGGUCAUUUACUGCAUCCAAAUCUACCUCACGUUGAAAAUCAUACUUGGCACUGCUGCAGCCGUGGCUCGAGCCGUAUUGGGGUUAGAGCUCGAGCCGCAGUUUGACAAGCCGUACCUCUCGACCUCUCCCCAAAACUUCUGGGGUAAGAGAUGGAACCUCGUUGCAUCCCGAAGCCUGCGUUCCACUGUAUACGAGCCGGCCCUGUGCAUAUCGGCACGAGUCAUACGCCGGAAAUGGGCGUCGCUUCCGGCCGUCAUGUGCACGUUCGUAGUCUCGGCCCUAAUGCACGAGAUAGUGUUCUACUAUUUGGGCCGCUCGCAGCCGACGUGGGAGAUUACAUGGUUCUUUCUUCUCCACGGGGCGUGCGUGGUGGUGGAGAUUUGGAUCAAGAAGUUGGUUAUGGGCAGGUGGGGGUUGCCUCGGUUGAUCUCAACGCCGAUGACCCUCGGGUUCGUGAUGGUUACUGGUUAUUGGCUGUUUUUCCCGCAGUUGUUGAGGUGCAAAGCCGAUGCCAGAGCGUUUGAAGAGUAUGCAUUUUUGGGAGGGUUUGUGAAGGACGUCGUUGCUGGUGUUGAGGAUUUGCAGUUCUUGUUUACAGCUUGAAUGCAUGGAAGAUCUUAAUUCCCAUAGAGUUCAGUUCAAUAAUUAUACGUUUCUAGUAAUUAAUUAUUCAGUGUUUUUGGUCUCUACCACGUGAUGCUUCAAGCCUUCCCGGACCAAACAUUUGAGGCCCAUGCACUUUAUUUUUAUGUUAGACCCGGUCAAUAAUCGACAGGCGAUGAAUACAUAGUAUAAACAGUUAGUCAUAUGUUUCUUGUUUGCAGUGGUUAUGUUGUCAUCUGUGUUUUAAGUUCAAUAUAUAUAUAGUUAUGAAUUUAGUAAUAA